GCAUACCAGGUGUGGCAAUUCACCCCAGAUGCGGAGAACGCUGAUCCCAUCCAGUUUCGGUUAGUUGCCAAGCCGACGGUGGGAAAGCCGCAUACAUCCCCAGGUAAAGGUUACCCAGCUGUGUGUCACGAAACUUCGUCUCGCACUCUUUCAGCCCGAACCCCGAGAUGGAGUUAGAGCCCCACAAGUGACAUUGACUGGAUAUAGGAGCCGUGACAUGGAGGCCACGGCUGCUAUGCACUUCACCAGUCUUCCCUUCUACGAUCAUGAGCUACCCCGGUGUUUCAAGUGCGACCUUUGAACACCAUUUCAGCGGCCUUGGAGUCUGCACUUCGACGCCGCGACUGUCUUGGACAUUUUCAUCGUCACCGUCAACCGCGCGAGCAUGGACGCAGACUGCCUAUGAAGUAGAGGUAACGUUCGCCGAAGGAAAUGGGCCAAACUGGUUUCGGGUGACGAGUCCGGACUCAGUCCUCGUUCCUUGGCCUGCACGUCCUCUCGCCUCCCGAGAAGCAGCUUCUGUUCGCGUUCGUGUGUAUGGCAAGAGUUCAGAGGAUGCUUCCCUCAGUGACACGCAGCCUAGCGAGUGGUCGCCUGUGUCUAGAGUCGAAGCUGCGUUGCUCAAUCUAGCUGAAGAGUUCAAAGGAGACUUCAUCACGUCGCUCGAACGCUUUGGACCGGAUACCCCUUUGAGGCCCAUCCGAUUCCGGAAGGAGUUCACACUACCCAAAGAUGUCAUGACCAGCCUCAAUGCGCGACUCUAUAUCACCGCGUUCGGUGUGUUUGAGGCAUACAUCAACGGAAAACUUGUCAGUGAUGAACUGUUUGCACCGGGCUGGACCAGCUACAAUCAUCGACUAGCCUACCGUAUCUACGACGUAUCGUCGCUCUUACUGCCUGGUCAAGACAACGUGAUAUGCGCCGAGGUUGGUGAUGGCUGGUAUGCUGGUCGACUAGGUCUACGAGGUGGACAGAGCUUCACGUACGGGAAGAAUAUCGGACUCGCGGCACAGCUUGAGGUUGCAGAGCAAGGCAAGGAUACAUAUACUCUUCUUACCGAUGACACAUGGUCAAGUGCUCCAAGCGCACGUAUCCACAGCCAACUCUACGAUGGCGAGACCUACGACACACGGGAGGAUCAGGCAGACUGGACGAAAGCAGGACCUGACUGGGCCUCAAGCACGUCAGGAGUCAAAGUCCUGCCUUGCCCGUCUUCUACACUUGUAGCCGUUGAUGCAGCACCGGUCCGCGUCACAGAAAAGGUAGUCUGCAAGGAGAUCUUCAAUAGUAGGGAGGGGCACACGAUCCUUGACUUCGGACAAAAUCUGGUCGGUACGUUGUUCAUCGCUCACGUGCACCUCGAAUCUGGCCAUGAAGUCAGUUUUCGCCACGCCGAAGUCAUGGAAGACGACGAGCUUGGCAUACGCCCGUUGCGAACAGCCAAAGCGCACGACAUCAUCAUUGGCUCUGGGAAACCUGUCGUCAAUUGGUCGCCCAAGUUUACUUUCCACGGAUUUCGCUACGUUCAAGUCGAUGGUUGGCCAGGAGAGCUGUCUGUCACUGAUAUUCAAGCGCACGUUAUACACACUGACAUGAAACGGCGAGGUUUCUUUGAGUGCUCGAAUGCAGCUGUCAAUCAAUUACACCGUAACGUGGUUUGGUCGAUGCGCGGAAACUUUGUCUCCCUACCCACCGAUUGUCCUCAGCGAGAUGAACGACUGGGUUGGACUGGCGAUAUUCAAGCCUUUACACCCACGGCAACUUUCCUUUACGAUACAAUGGGCAUACUGGGGAGCUGGCUCGAGGAUCUUUCAGCCGAGCAGCUUGAAGAUGGAAAGGGCGGGAUUCCACCCCUUGUUGUGCCUCUAGCACAUAUGCCACAUUGGCCACACAUGGCUCAGGCUGUAUGGGAUGACGUUGCGGUGUUGACCCCUGCUUCGCUAUAUCAAUACAGCGCUGAUCAGACCCUACUGGAGCGGCAAUUUGAGAGCAUGCAGAUUUGGCUGGACAAAGGCGUUGACAGGGCUCCGGACGGUCUUUGGAAUCCAGACAAGUGGCAGUUGUCAGAUUGGCUUGAUCCAGCAGCACCGCCAGAUGACCCGGGUAACGCACGCACUGACGGGAUUCUUGUUGCAAACGAGUUCUUGAUUCAUGUAACCCAAACAUUCGCGCAACUAUGCAGUGCUCUCGGCAAAACCCAACUUGCUGAGCAGUACACCAACGACGCCGCUCGUCUCAAAGCCCUUUUCCAGCGGCGCUACAUCAGUCCCGAAGGUAAUCUAAUGGGCACAACGCAAACCGGCAUCGGACUCGCCAUCCAAUACGACCUCUACCCAAACGACGACACCCAUCGCAAAACCGCCGCCGCAGCCCUCGAAAAACUCGUCCGCACAGCACGUUUCCGCGUCGCGACCGGUUUCGCCGGGACCCCGAUCAUCACCCACGCCCUAACCAAGAUGGGCCAGCCCCAACUCGCCUACCGCAUGCUCCUCGAACAAUCGUGCCCAAGCUGGCUCUACGCCGUCAGGAUGGGCGCCACCACCGUCUGGGAGCGCUGGGACAGCAUGCUCCCCAGCGGCCGCAUCAACCCAGGCCAAAUGACCAGCUUCAACCACUACGCAUACGGCUCCGUCGCGGACUGGCUGCACGGCACCGUCGGCGGCAUUUCGCCGCUCGAGCCGGGCUGGCGCGUUAUCCGCGUGCGGCCCGUGCCGGGCGGGAACCUUACCAGUGCGGACGUGUCGUUUGAUGGGCCGUAUGGGCGCGUGGCGUGUCGGUGGACAUGGAGCGAGGGCAAGUUCUGGAUGAGGAUCGAGGUGCCACCGAAUUGCUCGGCGGCUGUCACGCUGCCUAGCGAAGUGAAGAAGGGAUUCUCGGUUGAGGAUGAUAAGGAACCGGAGAGGGUGGUGGGGUCUGGGGUACAUGAGUUUGAGUGUGAGUUUGACGCGGGCGAGUGGCCACCGAAGCCCCUUGUUGGGGCGUUUUUGGAUAUGCCGAAGGAUAACAUUGCUGUUUAGAAGUCGGUUGCUGCAAAGGUGCUAAAUUUCGGCGUUUGGUACCUGGCAGUAUUCGUGUUGACUUCGUCUGUAAUAUAUUGACAUGGUCCCGAACAUUUGACUUCGUCACUGGCAACUGGUCUCUGAUAUGGUGAACUAGUCCCUCUACAAAUCAAGUUUUCGGCGGCUAGAUAGCAAGGUCGCUAAAAACCAUUUCCGUUCACAGAAGCGCGGGCCUGAAGCCUAUCAUCGAGGCACCAAGAUAGUACCAAUGGCCUAUGGUCUGUAAAAUACUUUCGAUAAACCUGAAGAACAUAUCUCACCAGAGGUAAAGCACAUGUGUCAAGC